AGUGUCGCACUUCCUGUUUAGCAGACAGCAUUUUAACUAUUGCAGUCGAUAUAAUUCGCUCUGUUUUAGAGAUGUCUUCAGUAAAACAGUCUUGCUUGUUACUCCAAAAACAACUCGCAGAAUUACAAAAAAAUCCAAAUGGAGGAUUCUCAGCUGGUCUUAUAGACGAUGAUAAUAUUUACAAAUGGGAAGUCUUGAUAUAUGGACCACCAGAUACAUACUACGAAGGAGGAUUUUUCAAAGCGCAUCUGACUUUUCCCGAAGAGUAUCCUCAGAGACCCCCUAAAAUGGUAUUUGUUAGCGAAAUUUGGCAUCCGAAUAUCGAACAAAAUGGUGAUGUUUGUAUCUCUAUACUUCACGAGCCAGGCGAAGAUAAGUAUGGAUACGAAAACGCAAACGAACGCUGGUCGCCUGUUCAUACUGUAGAAACAAUAAUGAUGAGCGUAAUAUCGAUGUUGGCUGACCCAAACGCGGAUUCCCCUGCCAAUGUCGACGCUGGAAAGGAUUGGCGUGAAAAUAAAGAAGAGUUUCGGAGAAAAGUCAGCAAAUGCGUUCGAAUGAGCCAAGAGAGCGCAUUUGACUAGAUGUUGGCCGUGUAUGACAUUGGCUUUUGCCUUAUAUGUCGCAGCUGGGAAUGAACUUGUGAUUCUUAUAGACUGCGUAAUUAAUCACUGUUAUGUGUAAAAUGUAAUGCAGGAGCUAAUUUAUGCACGUUAAUCAGGAAAAUUUUUAUUUAAGAUCUUAAGGAUAAUUUCGCUUUCAUUUUUCAUCUUACAAAAAUUUACUGUAAUACAGCGAUUGUCUGACAUUUUAUAAGCUUUAACGUCCAUUCAAUAGCUUUUUAUUAAGUAUCUUGGCCAAUAUUCUCUAUUAUUUGAAACAAAACACUUUCAGAUUACAACGGUUAAAUAACCACAAAUAGUUUUCUAACUUUUUGUUUUUCUAAAUAGCUCAUUAUCUAUUUUUCC